AUGGUACGGAUACGUGGGUUGCCACUAAAGAAGUGCUAUGUGUUACUUAUCAAGGGAAGAGUGACACAUUCUUCAAGCCGAAUAACAAGUAAUUCAGCGCGGACUGUGAAGGCUCAUGCUUUGCCCACUUCCAAACUCAAGUGUAAGCUGGCUCGCAGGAUCAUUCGAUCACGAUAUCGUGGCGCUGGUUUAUCGGAACCUGUUCGAUGUUACGUUCAGGUUGAACGUCUACGUUCCGUGCCAGUUAAAGAUGCAUCUAUGUUCGUCAAACCAUGUUCGAUUAUUUGCAGUAUGUUCGAAGUCGAUAUUAUCGACAGUAAUCCACCUCGUACUUCUUCAUGUGCUAUAUCUCUACCGCACCUACCUCUUCCUUUGCACGAGUAUAUCUCACCAUCACCGUCGAGGAUAUACGAUCAAAUGGAAUUGUAG